UCGAUCAGAGGUUCCCCUACUAUGAUAGCAAAAGUUUCAUGCUCAUAACUUAACUGCUACAUGACCUAACCUUAAUGAUAUAAAUACACAAUAAAACAUUCAUGGAAUAAACAGUCGACACAUCUAAAGUUUAGAACCUUUUUUUUUCAUGUAAGAUUUGUAUUACAUUUUUCAAAAGUUUCUUCAAACUUAUGUCAUUAAUCAAAUAUAAUGUUAUUUAAGUUUGACAUAAAUUAUAAUACAUGUACGUGUACAUUUUGUACUAAUAAAUAGUAUUUGUGAAAAAUAAGUAGAGUUACAAUUAAAUCAUGAGAAUAAAUAAUCUUAUUUAUAAUAUGUGCUGUACAGAAAGGAAUUAUAAAUUUUUACAAACAAACGUAUCAAAAUUGAAAAGGCAGUACUUAUAUCUGCAUAAGAAAUGGUAUUCUACGGAAUCGAAAAUUAGUGAAGGAUGCGAAGUUCCGUUAGAAAAUAUACGUAACUUCAGCAUUAUAGCGCACGUCGACCAUGGCAAGAGCACUCUUGCCGAUAGACUUUUGGAGAUCACGGGAGCGAUAAAUAAAAAUUCUGGGAAACAAGUAUUAGACACGUUACAAGUUGAGAAAGACCGUGGGAUUACGGUUAAGGCUCAGACAGCUUCUCUUAAUUAUAUGUAUAAAGGAACUAAGUAUCUACUUAAUUUAAUAGAUACACCCGGUCACGUAGACUUCUCUGCUGAAGUCCAUCGUUCUUUGGUUCCCUGUCAGGGAGUUGUUCUACUUGUUGAUGCAAACGAUGGAGUGCAAGCACAAACAGUAGCUAAUUACUAUUUAGCUAUUAAACAUCAGUUGGUUAUAAUACCAGCAAUAAAUAAAAUCGAUUUGAAAAAUGCCAAUCCCGAGAGGGUAAUAGAACAGUUAGAAGCAUUAUUUUCCAUAAAAGAAGAAGACAUUUUAAAAAUAUCUGCCAAGCUUGGUACUGGAGUGGAAAACAUUUUAAAUGCUGUUGUUGAAAGAAUUCCACCACCUGAUGCAUUUAGAGAUAUGCCAUUUAGAGCCAUAACGUUUGACAGUUGGCAUAAUAAAUAUAAAGGAGCUAUUUCUUUAAUAUAUGUUAAGGAAGGAUCGAUAUUGGUAGGUGAAACCAUUAAGUCACUGCACAAUAAAAAGUCGUAUCAAGUUAUGACUCUUUCAAUGCUAACGCCUAAUGAAGUGUCUGUAAAAAAGUUAUUUGCAGGGCAAGUAGGAUGCAUCGCGUGUAAUAUGAGAUCUUCUAAAGAAGCAUUUAUCGGUGACACAUUGUGCGGAAAAGAUCGGUCUACAGAACCUCUUCUGGAGUUAAAAACACCGAAACCAAUGGUUUUUUCAGGAGUGUAUCCUACUGAUCAGUCACAAUUUGAUGCAAUGAGAGUCGCCAUUGAAAAGUUAAUGCUAAACGACAGUUCCGUGUCUAUUGCCAGGGAUUUUAGCAUUGCACUCGGUCAAGGCUGGAGAAUUGGAUUUUUAGGUUUAUUACAUAUGGAAGUUUUUAUGCAACGUUUGGAGCAAGAAUAUGAUGCUCAGCCUAUCAUUACUGUACCUAAUGUAAAAUAUAAAGCAACGAUACAUGGUGCUAAAAAUAUUAAGAAGCACGGUGGCUCAGAAAUUACAUUUGAUAAUCCAGCACAUUUCCCUAAUCCACAAAUUGUAGUUAAAUUUUAUGAGCCCAUUGUAUUAGGAACUAUUAUAACACCAGAGAAGUACAUGGGUGAAAUAUUAUCUUUAUGCUUUGAGAAACGAGGAGUGGAACAAGUAACAAAAAACAUUGCAAACGACAGACUGAUGCUUCAAUUUUUACUGCCAUUAAAUGAAAUUAUUGUUGAUUUCUACGAUUAUCUAAAAAAUAUGACUUCUGGUUAUGCUAGUUUUGAUUAUGAAGAAUACGGAUAUGAACCUACGGAACUAAUCAAGAUAAAUAUUGCUUUAAAUGGCAAUACAGUGGAAGAAUUAAGUACCGUUGUACAUGUCAGUAAAGCUGUUCAAGUAGGUAAAAAAUUAUGCGAAAAACUGGUAAACCUUAUUCCACGUCAUCAGUUUGAAAUAGUCAUCCAAGCGAAACACAAUUCAGAUGUCCUCGCAAGGGAAACUAUAAAACCAUACAGAAAAGAUGUAACAGCAAAAUUGUAUGGUGGCGAUGUCACAAGACGAAUGAAAUUGUUAGCACAACAAUCAGCAGGAAAGAAAAGGAUGAAAAUGAUUGGAAAAAUUUCUAUCCCACGAGAUACAUUCAUAAAAGUGCUUAAAAGAUAAUAAAAUUAUUUAAACUCAAAUCCUGUUUUAAUCGAAAGAUCACCGUAGACACUUUAAUUACAAUUUCCUAACACAAGAAAAUGAAACAUUCUAAUAUAAUUAAGUUAUUUAUUUAUAAUACAAAAUACUUUAUCUUUCAUGAUUUAUUUGGACAGUUAAACGCUUUAGUGCAACGUAUACACACUUAGUCCAUUGAUGUCCAUUUUCUUCGAAGAUGUAUACUGUUACGAAGAUGUAUCAUUGAUUUAUAGAACUCGACGAAGGAUCAGACAAUUGAUGCGCAUUAUUUGAGGAAACUGUAUUUACAGAAUUAACAUUCUCUUGUUUAAAAGUCAUAGCGGUAUUAAGAUUAAUAUUGAUUACAGACGUAGAAGCUGGGUCCUGCAUAUCUA